AUGUCCGACCCGACCGCGGCGAUGCGCGACUUCGCCGAGGUCCUCAAGACCGACCAGGCCCUCAGCGCCCGGCUCCUCCGCAUGGCGAAUUCCGCGCAGUUCGGCCAGCGCAAGGAGGUGACCACGAUCGAGCGCGCCAGCGUGCUCAUCGGCCUCGACCGCCUCAAGGCGACCGCGCUGGGCUUCCACCUGAGCCAGGCGUGCGCGCUCGGCAGCGCCGAACGCCAGAAGUUCAUCUGGACGCAGUCCCUCUACCGCGCGUGCCUCGCGUUCCGCCUCGCGGAGCUCAUCGACCGCACGAUCGCCGGCGAGGCGUUCGUCGCGGGCCUCCUCCUCGACGCCGGCAUCCCCAUCCUGCCCGAGCUCAUCGGCAGCGCCGCGGACGAGAUCGUCGACCGCCAGGCCGACCCCUCCGCGCAGUACGCCGAGGAGUUCAACACCCUCCCGUUCACCCACGUCGACGUGGUGACGGUGAUGUGCAAGAUGUGGGCGCUCCCCGAGCUGCUCGCGGCGCCCAUCUCCCGCCACCACCGCAAGCCCAAGUCCAACUGGAAGGACACCCACGAGGGCAUCCUCCACGCGAUCAGCUUCUUCGUCGGCGGGCUCAUCCUGAAUAAGGAAGCCGCGUCGAUCUACACGCCGCCCCUGCGCUCGAUGUCCCUCUCGUACUUCGACCUCUCGAGCGACCAGCUCGCCGACAUGCUCGCCAAGGCCCGCGACGAUUUCAACGGCACCAAGGACAUGUUCGCCGAGGUCACCGACCGCAAGAUGUCCGUCGAGCAGAUCCUCGAAUCGGCCAACGGCCAGCUCGGGAUCGAGGCGGACACGACGGGCCCAACCGAGGAGGACAUCCGCCCCGUCAAGGCCGGGAACGUCACCCUCGAGGUGCUCCCGCUCCGCGCCGACCUCGUCACCGUCUACCUCUCCGACGAGACCGGCACGCGCAUCAGCUCCGAGCAGAUCGACCCCGGCUCCAUCAGCGUCAGUGAGUUCCGCGAGCGGUUCCUCCUCGCCGAGGCGACCGACGAGCAGAUCGAGCAGACGAUCGCCGAGACGGUGGCGCUGUUCACGCGCGCGCACGGCGUCGUCCGCGCGAUGGCGAAGGGCGCCAAGCGCGAGAAGGGCGCGUUCUCCGGGGGCGUCGAGGUCCUCACGCGCGGGCGCAUGGUCGCGAUCGUCAAGCAGUCCACCGACCUCGCCACGCUCACCGCCUGGGACCUCCUCGCCGUCUACUGGCGCACCCGCAGCGAGCUCCCGGCGCACCGCGCGGGGCUCUACCUCGUCGACCUCGUCUACCACGCCAUCACGGAUCACGACCCCCACGAGGGCCUCUACGACGCGAUGAUCGGCUCGCUCGACGGCAUCGAGGCCGGCGCGGACGCCGGCGAGAUCCUCCUCCGUUUCCAGUGGGCCCUGCUCACCGAGAUCGGCUCACGCCCCGAGCUCGACCUGCCCGAUGGCGGCCCCGGGCGGGCCUGGUUCCUGCCGAGCGAGGGACGCGCGACCGCCGAGAAAUCGCCCGGCGCCUGGCCCGUCCGCCGGGCGACCCUCGCGCACAUCCUCGGCUCCGGAUCGGCCAACGGCGACGCGACCGCGGCCGACGCCCAGGCCACCAGCCGCGCCGGGCGGUUCCUCGCGGAGUACCUCGUCUUCGUCCUCGAUCGGGAUCUCGCCACGAGGAGGGCGAUCUACGGCCCGACGGUGGCGGUCCGCGCCGAAUCGGCCGUGGACCGCGUGACGGGCCUGGAUAUCCGCAUCGACCGCGUCGGCAAGGGCCGGCCGCUCGUGUUCCUCAACGGCCUGCUGGGGAUGAACGAGCACUGGUUCGCCUCCCUCGGCCCCAUCGCGAAGCACGCCGAGUGCGUCCUGAUCCAGCCGCCGCUGCUGGAGAUGAAGGGCAAGGGGUGCUCGGUGGACGGCGUGACGCGCCUGACCAUCGCGGUGCUCGAAUCGAUCACGGACCAGCCGGCGGUGCUGCUGGGCAAUUCGCUCGGGGGCCACGUCUCGCUGCGCAUCGCGCUGGAGCGCCCGGACCUGGUGCGCGGGCUCGCGCUGAUCGGCUCGUCCGGCCUCUUCGAGCGCACGUUCGAGAAGGGCGUGCAGCACUCGCCCUCGAAGGGCUGGAUCGAGAACAAGAUCCGCGGGCUCUUCCACGACCCGGAGUUCCACCGCAUCCCGUCGCUCGUCGACACGGCGUACGAGAAGCUGAGCCAGCGCAGCGCGGCCCGCGCGCUGGUGAAGCUGGGCCGCUCGGCGAAGCGCGACCAUCUCGGCGAGCGUCUGGGCGAGAUCCGAUGCCCCGUCGUGCUCCCCUGGGGCAGGCAGGACAACGUGACGCCGCCGGAGGUGGCGGAGCAGUUCCACGAGCUGCUCCCCAGCUCGAAGCUGGUGUGGAUCGACGAGUGCGGUCACGCGCCGCAGAUCGAGCGCCCGGACAAGGUCGCGGACGCGGUCGUGGGCUUCCUCGAAGACCUGGACGCGGGCGUGGUCUACGGGGAGAUGGCGCGGUGGACGUCGCUCGUCGGCGCCGCGCUGCACGCGCGCCUCCACCGGCGCACGAAGCUGCUCUCGGACGCCGACCACUGGGCGGACAACGCCCGCCACCACCAGCUCUCCACCCUGCGAUCGCUCCUGAGCAAGGCGAAGGACACGGAGAUCGGGCGCGAGGUCGGCUUCGCCAAGCUGCUCGAGAAAGACGACGAGACCGUCCGCCGCGCCUACGCCGACGCCCUCCCCCACGGCGACUACGAGCGCGACCGCGCCCGCCUCGCCCGGGCCCGCGAGGGCGGCGAGCCGGACGUGACCUGGCCCGGCGUCGUGAAGAACUGGGCGCAGACCUCGGGCACCACCGGCGGCGAGAAGUACAUCCCCGUCUCCGACGAGAUGAUGCGGAGCAACUACCUCGCCGCGCUGGACAUCUUCGCGCACGCGAUGCGCUCCGGCGUCUCGCUCGAGAAACUCUGCGCUGGGCGGCUCUUCUUCCUGGGCGGCUCGACGAACGUGAGCGUCAACGAGCACGGCGUCCGCACGGGCGACCUCUCGGGCCUCGUCACCCCCAUGAUCCGCUGGCCCCUCACCGAGGUGUACUCCCCCGGCGCGGACGUGGCGCUGAUGGACCACUGGCCGACCAAGAUCGAGCGCAUGGCGGAGAUCGCGAUCGAGCAGGACGUGCGCAUGGUCUCGGGGAUGGCCUCGUGGUCGCUCGUGCUCAUGCAGCGCAUCCUCGAGAUGGCCCGCGAGCGCGGCUCUGCGGCGCGCACCAUGCGCGAGAUCUGGCCGGACUUCACCCUCUUCGUCCACGGCGGCGUGAAGUACACGCCCUUCGCGCAGCGGUUCGUCGACGCGUGGUCCGGCGGCGAGGCGGACAUCCCGCACCGCCUGGAGGUCUACCCCGCGAGCGAGGGCUUCAUCGCCCUGCAGGACACGCCUGGCGAUCAGGGCCUGCGCCUGUUCACGCACAACGGGAUUUUCUUCGAGUUCGUGCCCGUCGAGGAGAUCGGCUCGCCCAGUGCGCGGGCGUUCACCUGCGACGAGGUCGAGCCGGGGCAGCGCUACGUCGUGGUGAUGAGCACGAACGCGGGCCUGUGGCGGUACGUCAUCGGCGACGUGGUGGAGUUCGAUACGAUCCCCCCCGCGGGCCCCGCGCGGCUCCGCAUCGUGGGGCGGCACCGCCACUUCAUCAACGCGUUCGGCGAGAACCUGAUCGUCGAGGAGAUCGAGGAGGCCGUGGUCGACGCCCAGAGGGCGACCGGCGCGGUCAUCGGCGAGUUCACCGCGGCCCCCGUCUACCCGAGCGAGACCACCCGCGCCGGGCUCGAGCUGGCGAUCGAGUGCGAGUCGAUGCCCGCGGGCGAGAUCGCCUUCAAGGACGCGUUCGACGAAUCGCUCAAAAAGCGCAACGUGGACUACAAGACGAAACGCACGGAUUCGCUCGGCAUGAGCGAGCCGACGCUCACCGUCCUGCCGAUGGGCGCGUUCCACCGGUGGAUGGAGGCGAGCGGCAAGCUCGGCGGGCAGCACAAGGCGCCCCGCGCGGCGAACCACCGCGAGAUCCUCGAAGGGGUGAUCGGCGCCUCCCGGGGCGAGGGCGGGAUCCUCCACCUGCCGGACCACGCUUCGUUCGCCCUGCUCGUCCUGCUCAUCGCGCUCGCGACGUUCGUCUCCGAAGACCUCACCGUCAUCGCGACGGGCGUGCUCAUCGCGAGCGAGGAGAUCGCCUUCGGCACCGGCCUCGCCGGGUGCUUCCUGGGCAUCGCGGUGGGCGACCUGGGCCUCUGGGCGCUCGGGCGCUUCGCGGGACGGCGCAUCCUCAAGUGGCCCUUCAUCUCCGGCGCGGUGAGCCAGAAGUCCAUCGAGAAGUGGGGGCGCGUCCUCGACGAUCACAUGGGCAAGGCCAUCAUGCUCUCGCGCGUCCUCCCCGGCACGCGCCUGCCAACGUACGUCGCGGCCGGCAUCCUCGGGCGCCACACGAAGAAGUUUCUCUUCUGGGUCCUCCUCGCCGUCGGCGUGUGGACGCCGCUCCUGCUCACCCUCGCGAUCCUCAUCGGCCGCCCGCUGCUCGGGUUCUUCGAGGGCGUGCUGCACGGCCCGUGGGCGAUCCUGGCCUCGCUCUUCAUCCUGUACGUGAUCGUCCGCCUCAUCGGCUACGAGACGACGGACCUGGGCCGCCAGCGCCUCAAGGCGGACCUCAAGAAGAUCGUCGCGCACGAGUUCUGGCCCUUCUGGUUCUUCUACCUCCCGCUCGUGCCCUGGCUCGUCGUGAUGGCGAUCCGAUACAAGCCGAUGAGCUUCACCUGCGCCAACCCCGGCAUCGCCGGCGGCGGCGGCGUGGUGGGGGAGUCCAAGACCGCGAUCUGCCGCGCGCUCUCGAACGCGGCGAGCGUCGCCCCGACGGCGCUCGUGGAGGACCGCGGGACGGCCGAGGCUUCCGGGGGGCGUGCCGAGCGGGCGAUCGCGAUCAUCCGCGAGGACGGGGCGCUGGGCGGCUACCCCGUCGUCCUCAAGCCGGACGCCUCGGAACGCGGCAACGGCGUCCGGGUGGCGAAGAGCGACGAUGAUGUGCGCGCCUACUUCGAGGAGAUCGGCGGCGACGUGCAGAUCCAGCGCUACCACCCCGGGCCGGUGGAGGUGGGGAUCCUCUGGUCCCGCGUGCCCAGCGCGAGCGGCGCGACGAAGGCGGACGAGUGCCCGGGCGAGAUCUUCUCGAUCACGCGCAAGGUCUUCCCGGUGAUCACCGGCGACGGGGAGUCCACGCUCGAGGAGCUCAUCUGGCACCACCCGCGCUACCGCUGCCAGGCGGAGGUCUUCCUCCGCCGCUUCGACGACCGGACGGACAUGAUCCUCCCCGAGGGCGAGGCCUUCGCGCUCGGCUCGGCGGGCAACCACGCGCAGGGGGCGCGGUUCGAGGACGCGUCCGAGCUGCGGACGGAGGCGCUGACGCGGGCGUUCACGGGCAUCGCGCAGGCCUUCCGCGACCCGGAGACCGGGGGCGGGCUCGACUUCGGGCGCUUCGACGUCCGGGCCGAGAGCGAGGAGGCGCUCAAGCGGGGCGAGGGGUUCUGCGUGAUCGAGCUCAACGGCGUCCUGAGCGAGUCGACGAACAUGUACGACCCCGAGCGGAGCGUCGCGUGGUGCUACUCCGUGCUCUUUGCGCAGUGGCGGCGGGUGUACCGCCUCGGGGCGAUGCGCCGGCGCGAGGGCGUGCGCCCGCUCGGCAAGCGGGAGCUGGCGUCGAUGGUGCGGUCGCACCUGCGGUCGCCUUGGUUGAUGACGAUCCAGAUGGAACUGUCGCGCAUCCUCAUCCGUGAGAUGAACGACUACCAGAUCAUCGAGUUGCGGGAGAUCGACGGGGAACGCACGUUCCCGAUCGUGAUCGGUCUGCCCGAGGCCCAGGCGAUCGAGCGCCGGCUCCAGGGCAUCGACAUCAAGCGCCCGCAGACGCACGAUUUGCUCGCCAGCGUGAUCGAGCAGAUGGGCGGCACGCUCGAGAAGAUCACGAUCAACGACAUCUCCGACCACACCUUCUUCGCCCUGCUCGGCAUCCGCGACACGAACGGCGUCGAGCUGGAGGUGGACUCGCGCCCGUCGGACGCGAUCGCCCUGGGCAUCGCGCAGGGCGUGCCGAUCUACGUCGCGGAGCACGUGCUCGACCAGGUGCGCGAGGAGGACUUCCUCGUCGAGGAGAUCCCCCUCUACGAGCCCUGCGGCGAGGGCGAGCACGUCUACCUCUUCGUCGAGAAGCGCGGGCUCACGACGCUCGACGUCGCCAAGACCCUCGCGCGCCACUUCAACGUCAAGCGGCGUGACGUGGGGCACGCCGGGCUCAAGGACAAACGCGCCAUCACGCGCCAGGUCUUCUCGAUCCACACCCCCGGCAAGACGCCCGAGGACUUCCCCGAGAUCCGGCGCAAGGGCAUCGCGGUCCUCUGGGCGGACAUGCACACGAACAAGCUCCGCGUCGGGCACCUCAGGGCGAACCGCUUCUCCGUGCGUUUGCGCGAGGUGGAGCCGCUCCGGGUGCUCGAGGCGAACAAGGCCGUCGCCCGCCUCGCCCGCGAGGGCGUGCCGAACUACUUCGGCGAGCAGCGCUUCGGCGUCCGCGCCAACAACCACCUCGUGGCGCAGAAACUCGUGCAGAACGACGCGGAGGGCGCGGUGCGGGUGAUGCUCGCGCCCGAACCCGAUGCGCCGGAGAACGACCCCGUCCGUGCCGCGCUCGCGCACUUCGACGCGGGCGACCUGCACAAGGCGAUCGACGCGCUCCCGCGCCGGAUGAUGACGGAGAACCGACUCCUGCGCUCCAUGGCCCGCGGCCUCAGCGCGGAGAAGGCCUUCGGCGCAUUCCCGAAGAAGGAGAUCGAUUUCCUCCUCUGUGCGCUGCAGAGCGCGAUCUUCAACCGCGUGCUCGCGGACCGCCUCCGGGGCGGGCUUUUCGACAGGCUCGAAGCCGGAGACGUCGCGAUGCGGACGGAAAACGGCGCGUGCUUCGUCGUCGAGCCGGACGCGCUGGCCGAGGCGAACGAGCGGGCCGCGCGGCUCGAAGUCUCCCCGACCGGGCCGCUCGUGGGGGGCAAGACGUUGUGGCCGAGCGAGGGAAGCCCGGCAUCGGCGCGCGAGCGCGAGGCGGUCGGCGCGAUGGGCAUCACCGCCGAGCAGUUCGACGCGGCGUGCAAGCGAUUCGGUCUGACCCUCCCGGGGGCGCGCCGGCCGGUGCGCGUGCGGCUGGGCGACCCCGAGAUCGAGGGCGGCGCGGACGAGCUACGCGACGAGCGUCGUCCGCGAGAUCUCCAAGAACACGAAAGUGGUGACGGCGUGAGCGCGUCGAACGGCGACGGCUGGCUCGUGUGCCUGGACCUGGGCGGCGUGGUGGUGAAGCACUGCCGCACGUGGGAGCAGGGGUGCGCGAGCGCGGGGCUGGACGUCCGCGAGCCGGAGCGGAUGAACACGCCAGAGCUCUCGGCGCGCCGGCGCGACCUGAACCACGCCCACCAGCGCGGCGAGCUGACGCCGGAUGAGUUCUGGCGGUCCAUCGCGGAGGCGACGGCCGGGCUCUACACGCCCGAGGAGAUCGAGCGCCUCCACCACGCGUGGCUGCUCGAGGAGUACGAGGGCGUCCCCGAACUCGUCGGCGAGCUGGCGAGCGUCGAGGAGGUGACGCUCGCGUGCCUCUCGAACACGAACACGGCCCACUGGGAGCUCAGCACGCUCUACAACGGCGGCGCGCUCAGCGGUCUGCCCAUCAUGCGGCAUCUUGCGCACAAGAUGGUCUCCCACGAGAUGGGCGCCGCCAAGCCCGAGGCUCGGAUCUACGAGCUGGCGGAGCAGAUCACCGGCUUCGCGGGCGGGCGCAUCGUCUUCUUCGAUGAUCUGGAAGAGAACAUCGCGGCGUGCACCGCCCGCGGGUGGCGCGGGGUGCUGAUCGACCACGAGGGGUGCCCGGCGACGCAGAUGCGCACGGCGCUGGAGAAUCUGAACAUCCUAAGCGCAUCGGCAUCGCCGGCGUCGUGA